UGUUCUUCUUUUCUUGCAUCAAUCAACCCACCCAACGUCUCCAAACAUAUUUCCCUGAAGAUAACUUCUCUUUGUAUCUACCAUCAGCUUGGAAAUAGAUAACGGCACCACGGGGAGCGCGCCACCAUGAUCGAAGACGACUUCUACCGCUCCUCAUCCCAGUUUCGAUUCUGGUCGUACACCGAGGCAUCCUUGCAAAGUUUGCGAGCCAAAACCAACUCCCUUGCCAGUGAUCGUGUACGUGCCACUUUGCGCAAGGCACGAGUUAGUCGCCAAUCCGCCCCCUCGUCGGCAGCAGGCACACCGAACCCCAACGGCAGCGAUGCCGACAGCAAGGCAGGAGAGGAGAAGGACGUUGAGUGUCUGACGCCGGAGGAGGAACAAGUGCUUGUGCGAUAUUUCUGUGAACAGCUUGUCGAGCUGGGAGAGAGCUAUAAACCGCCACUUCCAACGAUAGUUCGGGCCACCGCAAUCCAAUACCUCCGACGCUUCUACCUCACCAACUCCCCCAUGACCUACCACCCGAAAACCAUCAUGCCAUGCGCGCUCUUCCUCGCCACGAAGACGGAUAACUACUACCUCUCGCUUCGCCAAUUCGCCGAGGUCGUCCCCGGCGAGACCACCGCCGACGACAUCAUCGCGCCCGAGUUCCUCGUCAUGCAGAGCCUCCGCUUCACCUUCGACGUGCGCCAUCCUUUCCGCGGCCUCGAAGGCGGCAUCAUGGAGCUCCAAGCCAUGGCGCAAGGCCUCGGCGAACCCGCUCCUCACUUUCCCCAACAAACACCGGACGAGCUGCGUCGCAAAAUCAUCUCCCUCCCCCCAUCGCAAUCCACCCAAUCCUCCUCCAUCAACGAUCGCCUGGCGCGCGCACACACCACCACCCGAGAACUCCUCAAGUCCGCCGCCCAAAUGACAGACGCAUACUUCCUCUACACCCCCGCGCAGAUCUGGCUCUCCGCCUUCCUCCUCGCCGACCGCCCCCUCGCCGAAUUCUACCUGGACACGAAACUCGGCGGCCCUCUCACCACCAACCAGCAGGGCAAUCCUCUCUACGAAAUGCGCACCAAACUCAUCCGUGUGCUGAACGACUGCGCCAAUCUUCUCCAAUCCUACACCCCUCUCGCCUCCGACCCCGACCAGAAAAAGAACCUCCGCCGCAUCGGCAAGAAACUGUACCACUGCCAGAACCCCGGCGGGGACAAGGCCAACCUCGCCGGCCAGAAACGGAUCCCGGCCGCAGCCUCGGCAGCGGCGGCAGCAGGCAGUGGUGAUCCGGGUACUUCGGAGAGCGAGAUGGAACGGCUAGCGAAGAAGCGGAAGCUGGAGCGCGAGCAGAAGGAGAAAAUGGGAAAUGAUUUGUUUGGCGGGGAGCUUGUUGCACAGAAGGCGAAGGAUGAGGACAGUAAUACCACGACUCAGCAAUAAUACCUAAACCACUUACUAGCCUGCUUAUACUACGAAAUAUACUAUACCU